AUGUAUCAUUUAGAGCAAGGUGAAUCUUAUUUACCUGAUAAACAAACUACACUCGAAGAUCGUUAUUAUAAUAAUCAAGGUUUUCAAGAAGAAUAUCCGGUCAAUGAUCCCGAAGUUAAUAAUGCAGCAACAAAAAUUCAAGCAAAAUUCCGUGGUCAUAAAGCCCGACAAGAUGUUGAAAAAAUGAAACAAAAUAAAGAUGUGAUUGAUACAGAUCAACAAGAAUUAGGUUAUGAUCGUGGACAAUCAGGAACACCAAAGGAAGAUGAACAUCAAUCAUUCCAUCAUGAUAAUCAAAAAUCACCACAUACACCAACACCACAUGCAGAACAACAUACUCCUGAACACAAAGCUACUCCAGUAGAAGAAGAUCAACAAUUCGAUGCCGAACUUACUGAAGAAGAAAAACAGGAACAAGAUCGUGCUGCAAGAUCUAUUCAAGCACGAUUUCGUGGUCAUAAGGGUCGACAACAAAGUGGUAAUCAAGGACAUGCAUCACCUGGUAGUGCUACUAGUGAACGUGAACAAUUAUCUGAUCGACCAGAACAUCAUGAUUCUCACAAUGAUAAAACAUCACAUCAUCAAAGUGAAAAACACGAUAAUGAACAUGGACAUGAUACUAAACAUACUCAUCAAACUGAGACUGGUGAACACAACGAUACUGAUCGUCCUCGUCUUGAACGUGAACCAACACAAUUAAGUGAAGAUUUUGAACGACAUACACAAGUUCCACGUGAUUCCGAUUUCGAUCGAGAACAACGUUCAAAUCUUAACGAAGAAGACGACGAUAUCGAUAUGAGUGAUCCAAAUCUUGAAAAAGCAGCUACACGUAUUCAAGCAUCAUUUCGAGGAUAUAAAACUCGUAAAGAAUUAGUUACAGGUGGUACUAAUGAUCAACAUCCAACAUCAACAUCUUCACAUGGACAUGAUGAAUAUGAUAAUUCUCAUAAUAAAAUUUUAUCAUCGUCAGUUGAAGGAAACAAAGAGCCAGAAGGUGAAGAAGAUGAUAGUGCCGCAGCUGUUAAAAUUCAAGCUGCUUAUCGUGGUUAUCGAGUCCGAAAAGAUAUGGAAAAAUAA